CGGAAAUAUAUUAUAGCGUGGCAGAUGGACACAUAACGUCUGGCAACCGGUAAUUCCCCCCUCUCUUUUUUUUUAAUGAGUCCUUGUUUAAUGCGCGCGUGAGACAUGAGGACUGAAAAACCAGCUUAAAGGAUAUAAUCAUCAGACACGGCAUAAUCGCCAGGAUGCUGAAACUGCGAAUGCUCAAUGCUAUUGCCCCAGCCUACUUCUAUACUGCCACAGCCGUCACCUUUGUUCUCCAUUUUUUCCUUUUCAUGCCCACUAUUUUUCAAACUCAUAAUGUUCCACUGAGUCCUGUCAUGCUGCUCCAUAUUGCUGUUUUGAUGUUUUUUAUGCUCAAUGCACUUGGGAAUUACUUAAUGACUAUAUGGUUCCCAGCAGAGAGUGCCAACGAGAACAUUAUCCCCGUCUGUUCACCAGACUGUCCAGACAGAGUGGACGCUCACUACCUCCUUAAUGGUCGGCAUUUCUGCAAAUUGUGUAAGAAAGUCAUUCUGAAACGGGACCACCAUUGUUUCUUCACAGGAAACUGCAUAGGGAACAGGAACAUGCGCUACUUUAUAAUGUUCAGUAUCUACACAUCCUGUACCUGUCUAUACUCUCUGGUGCUUGGGGUGGCCUAUCUCACAGUAGAGUAUGCCAUUUCCUUUGAAAACCCUUUGACUUUCCUCACACUUUUGCCCCUCUCAACAGGCUAUUUCUUCCUUGGUUCCAUUUCAGGCCUUCAGUUCUUCCUGGUCAUCAUGCUGUAUGUAUGGUUAGGCAUUGGUUUGGUGAGUGCCGGUUUCUGCUGCCAACAAAUCUUGCUUGUGGCCCGUGGACAAACCUGGUGCCAGCUACAGAAAGGGCAGCUAGUGGAAAGCCGAGGAACAUGGCGAUCCAAUUUGAGUGAUGUAUUUGGUUCCCGCUGGUUUUUGGGCUUCUUUCUGCCUGUCCAGACUGUGGAGACCGCUCCCGGAAACUGGCAUAGUUACCAUGAUCGCAAGCAUGACUGACUGUCUUUAUUAAGUGCAUAGAUAUGAAGACUUAUUACAGCAUCUGCUGUUCUAGGUGAUUUGCAAGGUGGAGAAACAGUGCCAUUGUUUUAGAGAUUAGGUGAUUAAGUGAUCGGUCCUCACUUUAAAUGAAUAUAUUUAUUGCUGUUUAUCAGUGUUAUUUAAAAAAAUAUUUUUAUUGAAUAGAUGAAGACCUUAGUUUUAAUUAGGAAUUAUCCAUUUAUAAAACUACAAUUAAUAAGUGAUUUUAUACCUGACCUUAUUAGCAACCAUCACCAGCAUAACCAUCAUUUUAAACAGACAAGACUACACAAAAUUGCAUUUAAUGACAUUAUGGCAUCAACACAAAUUUCAAGUAUACUAAUAACAAACAUUCUAAUAAACAAAGUACAGGAUGUAAUUACACGAAAGUAAGCAUUAAUGCAGUAUGUGCACCUCAUUCAUCGAUAAGCAGUGUUAAUAGACCACAAACAUGCUUGACAAAACAUUCCACCUGCAUCUGUGCCUUUUAAAAUGAGUAUUAACAGGUAAUGUUAAUGCUAAUAGACACUUUAAUGCAAGAUUGCAGUGAUCCAUUGUUAGUUGCACGGUUCUACUGUUUCAACCUUGCAAGUCAUUUUGUACCCCACCCAUGUCUUGCUACUGUAUAAUCCUAGAUAAAAUUAUGGAAUGGAUGCAUUCCAGUCAUCUGUUUACAUGCUAACUGGAUCAGGUCUUUGUGGAAGAUUUAAUUUACAGUCAUUAUGUGUUCAGGAACUGAAGAACUAUUUCCGAACCAUUAUUUUAUUUAUUUAUUUAUUUAUUUAUUUAUUUAUUUAUUUAUUUAUUAUUUUACAAUAUUUAUUUAUUAACUACUGUAUUUUUUUUAAUAAUCAUUUGGUACAUAAUUGAAAAUAAAAAAAUUGGAACAGUACACAAGAGUGCACAUAAAUGAGGACUGUGGACCUGCUGAUGGGCCCUGAGAGUGCAGUAUCAACAGAAUAAAUUAACCAUCUUUAUUUUCCCCCAUGAAGUUCUUUACAUUUUAAUGAAUGAAUUAAUUUGUUUAUUUAUCAUUUAUAUUUUAUCUACUAUAUAUUUGGUCACCUUACUGAGUUGUGUCCUUAGUUGUAUGCUUAGUGCUCAUUUCAUUUGUAAAUGUGAAUAUGUUUAAAGCUAUAGCAUUUAAUAUUAAGUUAUUAAGGUCAUGGUUUAUUCUUUAUCAAUGAAAUGUUAGCAGCAAUGUCAAAGCACUUUAUUCCUUAAAAAAUUUAGCAUCAGCGUAAAGGACUAUAGACUUUGUUUAGGACACUUGCUGUCAAAUUCAAAAUCUAUUCUAUUGCUGUAAUGCAGUUUUCUCCGAUCGCCAUCAAUAAAAGAUGUUAUACAAUGUUAAA